CAGGACUUACAUAUAUAUUCGGUGACUGUUGUAUAUCCCUUCCUCUCUCCAGUUGCUUUCCCGCCGAUUCACUCACUCACUCACUCACUCUCAUAAAUUGCAUCGAUGUUUUAGCAAAAGAAGAGUUAGGGUAAAAUACUUUUUUCCUGUUUGUUUCCAAAGAAAGCUUUCAAGAACCAUGACCAUACACAAAGUAUAUUGAUUUCCUGAGCUUCUGAAUUGGACUCUAUCCAAGAAAAUGUUCUUGGACGGCAUAAUCCGACGGAGACUAGCGGCUCUGUUGCUGCCAUGGCUGCGAGACGAGCCGGAACUGGAAGUCAAAUUAGGGUUCAUAAAUUCUCAGGCGGUCGCCAGGAACCUGCGGCUCAACACUUCGGUUCUCAACGAGCUCAUCGUCGACGAUCCCGCUCGCUUUUGUUUCAAAGACGUCACCGUCGAAUCGCUGAGCAUACGGUUCUCGAACUGGUCUGAAACCGCCUUCGCAAUCGAAGUUCGCGGCGUCCAUGUCACACUAUCAGCCGGGGAUUUGAAUGAAGAGGGGUAUUCGAUAAAGGUUGGGAAACCAAAGGAUACGUUUUUAGAGGAUAUGAAGAAGAGGCUUUCUAUGCUUGAUCCUGAGGGUAGUGCUUUGCAUGGUGCCCUUGAAAGGAUCUUACCCACCAGUUUUUCAAGAAGUCAGUUUAGAACAUCUUUUUGGAAUCUUAUACUCAAACAUUGUCGGCUUCAGAUGUGUGAUAUUAGACUGCAAGUGCAGUUCCCCGUUUUAAAUGAUUUGUUUACAUGUGCAUCGGAAAUGAAGGAGCUUAAUGCAGAAUCUCAGUAUCGUACACAUGGCUGUCUUUUUAGAGGGCUUUGUGGUGCAAUUUUUUUACCUUUGAAAAAGAUUUCUUGUACUGUCAGUGGCAAUGGUUUUGAGAUUAGCUUCAAGAGAGGAGAUUGGAUAAACCGUGUUUUGCUUUCAACGGAUAUGUUCACUUACAUUAAAUUGGAUGCUCUUCAGCUUGUGGACUUCAAACUUUGGGUUCCAAAAUUAAGCUUGUUUUUUUCGCCAGCUGAUCUUUCUAUGUAUUCAGCAAUUGGUAAAUUAUCAUCUAUUGAAUCCAAGCCUGCUAGAGAUGGUAGACAACUAUGGCAAUUAGCUGCAAGAAAAUUUGGCCAUGUGACUUCUGCUCCUAGAAUAUCAUUCCAUAAACUAGUUGUUGUUGUCUGUCUUUGGCUACGUUAUGUUAGUGCUUAUGAGCAUUUCUUGUCAUUGGUUGGAUAUCCUUCUGAUCACUUUUUAGAAAGAUCCUGUACUGAGAUGUCCAAUGGAAAAUGGUUUUUGAGUUCUAUCAAAUACCAUUGGAAGGUGAUCUGUGAUACUGAGAAAGAGCUGCCUGCUGAAGCUAUUGCACGGGCGCGGCGAAUUGCCCGUUACAGAGCAGCUUUGAAUGUUCAUAGUGUCAAAGAUACUAGCAUGGAAUCUGUUUUCACUAGUCACUUCAGGUUUCUUUGCAAGAUUGUUGAACUACUAGCAUGUAUUUUGAAACUCAUAUGCAAUGUAUUCCAUGCCAUUGUAAAAUUCUUACAUUUGAGGAAGGUUUUGGUGCAAGAUCAAAGAAAUGAUGGAGAUUGUGGAACUGUCUUUGAAGAUCCCUAUGCGCGCAGUUGCUUCGUUUUGAACCUUGGGAGACUUGUAAUUACUAUUUGUCAAAUGAAUGAAUGUCAACCUUCUGUAAAUGAGAAGUUAGAAUCACAUAUUGGGAUCUCAUAUUCCAAUUUCCUCUCAUUUUGUCUUUCAAUUGAAAAAUUGUUAUUAGUAUAUGUACAAAACACUUGUGAACAUUCUGUCCUUCUAUCCUGUGGGCAAUUGAAGGUUAACUCAUCAUCAUCUUUUAUGGAAGCCUCUGUCGGGGAAAGCAGUUCAAAAAGUUAUCCUAAUUCUGUGGAAGGGCAUAGGAUGGAGAGAGUUGAUGAUCUUAAAUCUAUUUUGUGGGGUGAGCCAGCACAAUCAUUUGUCUUUUCAGAAACUAGUAAUACCGUUGCUGCCGAUGAUGUUGAAGGUGCUUGCAUACUGAUCCUGAACAAUAUUCUGAGGGAAAUGUGGUUGAGAUGGAGAAGAGCUUGCUUAGAAUUUGAAGAACGUGAUAUUCAGUAUUCAGAGAAUCCAUGCCUUCUCUGUGAGAUCAAAAGCUCUUUGGUGUAUCCAGGCCUCAAGAAUCAAGAUUCUGGAUUUUGGAAAUGCAGUUUGAUACUAGGAAAGUUGAAUUUGGCUUUGGGAUUUUCAUCAUUACUAUCAUUAUCUCUGCUUCUUAGGCAGGUACAAGACACUCUUAGUAGGACUGAGGACAAUGUGAGAGCAAUGGUUCUUUCACGUUCACCAAGAGGAGUUAAUGUUCAACCAGAAAUCAGCGAGGAUAGUAAAUACAAGUUCAAUGGUAGGGGAAUGAAGACAGCCUUCCUUAGAAUUCCUGAAAAACACGUUGAACUUGGAAUAUUUAUAGCUGGUCCUCAUAUCCAUAUAUCAUUGGGAAAAGAGUUUGAUGGUUUGAAUAAAGACAUAAAUCAUGUAGUUAAUCAGGAUGAUUUUCACCUUGUGUUUGAACUUCAUAACAUUGAAGUUGCUGUUUGGCCAACGUCCAGAUCUGAUCUGGUAUCAUUGACUGGGUCCCUGGGUUCUGAUGAUGCAGAAAAGAAACAUCUCUUGUUGAAAGAGCCUCAGAUGAUUGAUCUUCCCAAAUUAGAUAAUGAAAAGUAUGUAUCUGAAGGGCGUGUUUCACUUGACUUAUAUCUGCGGGUUAAUGGUUUAGAUGCUUAUGUGGAGGACUUAGCAGAGAAGCUACAAAGUCAAGUUGAAGUUAAUUUGGAGGACUUAGCAGAGAAGCAACAAAGUGAUGUUUUGGCAUUAAAACCCAUGACAGUCCACUUAUCAUCCAUCAGGAGUUAUCUUCAUUCAUUUAGCACAGCUGUUGUUGCUUUCUCAGCAGCUUUUUGUGGGAAGGCUAUGGGAAUCACCAUUUUAUCAUAUAUGGAUGAGUUGUAUGCUCUCUUUCAGGUGGUUGGAGGUUUACAUUCUGCAGUAUCACAUGUUUAUCAUAGCUUUGAUCCUAGUGGUCCUGUACCUGAAGAAUAUACCACGCAAGAGACUGUGCUUGCUGAACCUGAAAAAGAGGAGAUAAUAGUAGAAGGAGAUCCCUUGAUUUAUGUUAGUGUGCUAUUUAAAAUCUACGGAACCUUCAAACUCAAGUCAGUGGAUAUGGUUCUUCAUGUUUCUAGGAGGAGCGAACAUGUGGAGAGCUCCAUGAAAAUCUUUGAUGCUUUAACUAGUAGAAAGUUUGCUGAAGGUGGUUUGUCUGAUUGUGGAAUACGGGCGUCUGUUCAGCAAACAAGCUUUGAGAUACCUUGCAAAGAACAAAUGGAAGUUCUCAUAGAUUUUUCAGGGAUCCAGUCUGUUAUUUUUAGAUAUCAGAAUCAAAUAGGAGAACAUACUGAUCAGUCUGUACUGAAGGAUCUGUCUCUGCAAUCUCUUGACAGCUUGUAUGAAAUGUCACUUUCUACUUGCAUGAUUACUUUAUGGUUGGCUCCCCCUGAAUAUGCAUCAUCUUCUGAUAGUCUGAGCCACAUGGUUGAAAAUUCCACUUUGAUGACUGAUUCUGAAAAGCGAACUCAUUGGUUAUUCACAAAUAUUGAACUGAGUGAGAUUGUUAUUGCAAGAUGCUCUCUAAAGAAUGUUCUGGUUGGAGCACAUCAGUUGAAUAAGCUUCAAUCAUCCCUUUCUGUUGGCAGUGAAUUUCGAACAAUCUCUUGGAGAAUAAAGGGUGGUUUUGUUUUACUUGAAACAACAGCUUUGGCAAUGUUUGUUCGAUGGCUUGUUUUGUAUCUUUAUUGUGUCAGAAAUCUUAUAUCUGUCAUUCAAUCAUCUGAUCAAAACAUAAAAAAAGCGGAGCAUGAGGAGGAUGUGACUAGACUGGAUGAUCAUUUUGUCAAGGACAAUGCCCAAGAAAUGCCCUGUGCAUCUCGACAUGGAAAAAAGGAACUGCUGGAAGCUUUUAUAAUUGAUGUGUCCCAAUUUUCUCUUGUUCUCGUAAUUGAAGAUGGAUCUGGUGGUUUUCGGGAAUUUGUGCUUGAGGUUGAUGUCCAUUUGGAAUUUGAGUUGGCAAAUAUGAGAAGAAAGCUUAUAUUUGACCUAUCUCGGUUUUCAAUCAUUUCUCGAGUCUUUCAAGAAAGUGUGGAAAAUAAAAUCCAAAUUCCUCGUUUUUCUUCUGUCACAUCAAUUAAUAUGUCUUGCUCUGCGUCUGGGGCUCCUGCUAAAGGACUUCAGCACAGAAAUGUGAUCCAUCUUGAUAAUGAAGCAAGUUGCUCGAGGGAUACUAUAGAAAAUUGUGCAUCUGAGGAAUUCUGUUUAAGUCAUCAGAACUGUAUCUUGAAGCAGUUAGGGGCUUCUGUGGCAGUUGAGAAGCCAGAGAAUGUUCCUUUGCACCAAAAUCAGGCCUGGUUAGGUCGUGGUUCGGUCUCUGGGUUUGAUGUGACAAUUUCUCUUUCCGAAAUACAGAUGAUUUUGUCUACAAUCUCAACCUUCUCUGGGUUAUUUAGCAAUGGAGCGACCAGCAAAUCAAAUGAAAGGAUCUGGACCAGUGGUCAGGAAUCAGACAAUAGUAUGGAACCAAUGUUUCCUAAUGGAGCAAUUGUUGCAAUUCAAGAUGUUGACCAACACAUGUACAUUACUGUUGAAGAAGGAGAUAAUAAGUACAAUUUAGUUGGUGCAGUUCAUUAUUCUCUUGUUGGAGAAAGGGCCCUUUUCAGGGUCAAGUACCAAAAUCAAAGAUGGAAAUCACGAGUUCCGUGGUUCUCCUUGAUAUCAUUGCAUGCCAAGAAUGACUCAGGGGAGCCAUUGCGGUUGAACUAUAGGCCAGGAUCAGGUUUUGUUGACAUCUCCAGCACUAAUGACAGUGGGUGGGUGCUUUGGAGAGCACUUUCUUGUAAGCCUGAAAGUUAUGAUGGAGAUAUCGAGUGGGAGCAUUACAAUCAGUUGGUCAGAGGGACCUUUUACCUUGUGAAUAAGAAGAAUGAUUGUGCUGUUGCUUUUGUUAAUGGAGUUCUAGAGUUUGUUAGGAAGCCUGGAAAUCCAUUCAAGUUGAAAGUAUUCACUGAUCCUUCCAUAGCUCGUGAUGUUGUAAAGCUAGAUAGCCACCCCAUGGAAGCUUCUGAAACAAGUCUGCAACAUAAUGCACACAUGGGUGAAGAUAGCACUUCUUUACUGGGUAAAAUUCUCCCUUGCAUUGAUAUCACUAUUAACCAAAUUUCUCUAAACAUUGUUCAACUCUUGGAUACAAAGGACAUCUUUCCUCUCCUUCGUGGUUGCAUCAGUAAUAUUAAAAUUAUUAUACAUGUUCUAUCAACCAAAACCCGGGUUAUAAGCACAUCCAGUACUGCAAUAUAUUACUUUGAUGCCCAAAGAAACUCUUGGAGAGAAUUUCUUUCCCCAGUUGAAAUAUGCAUAUUCUACCGUUCCAGUUUCCAGAUUCAGGAUCCAAAAACUUCACAUGGAGUUCCUGUUCAUAUCUAUUGCAGAGUUGGAGAGUUCAACAUAUCCCUGACUGAGCUUUCACUGGACAAGCUUCUCUUUGUACUUGGGAAACUAGAUUUGGCUGGUCCUUUUUCAUUGAGAAGCUCCAUGAUUCUGGACAAUUGCUGCAAGGUGGAGAACCAUAUAGGCUUAAGCCUUCUUUGUCACUUCUCCAAUAAUCAAAGUUUAACUAUAGCCAGAAAUCAGUCUGCUUCUGUAUUUUUAAGGAACUCAGAUAUAACAAACCAAUCUCCAGAAAUAUCACCAUUUGUUUCAGUCCAAGUUGCCAUUCCUGGAUCCCUAACAACUUCUCCCCUACAUCUUUCUCUUUUAGAAGCUCAAGCACUUGCCUGGAGAACGCGAAUAAUGUCAGUCCAAGAUUCAAAAGUUUACCCUGGGCCUUUUGUUGUAGUUGACAUUUCAAGAAAAUCUGAGGAUGGUUUAUCAGUUGUAGUUUCUCCUUUAAUAAGAAUACACAAUGAAACUAGAUUCUCUAUGGAGCUACGGUUUCGACGACCGCAACAAAAUGAAGAUGAGUUUGCUUCUGUGAUGCUAAAAACAGGAGAAACAAUUGAUGAUUCCAUCGCCAUUUUUGAUGCUGUCAAUUUGUCUGGUGAAUUAAAGAAGGCAUUGACGUCUUUAAGUGUUGGUAACUUCUUAUUUUCAUUAAGACCUGAAUUUUCAGAUGGCUCAAUAAAUUCUAAGAAUUCACUUUCAGUGGAGUGGUCAGAUGAUUUUGAAGGUGGAAAGGCAGUUUGUCUCUCUGGAUUUCUCGAUCAAUUAAGCUAUAGAGUCCGAAAGGCUUUGUUUGUUGGAUCCAUGAAAUGUUCCUUCAGUACAGCAUGUUGUAUUCUCAAAUCUAAUGGUGCACAUGUUUCAAGCAUGCAUUUUCUGAUUCAGAGAAUUGGAAGAGAUGUGCCUGUUAUACAACCUGAUAAAUCAAGGGGUCAUCUUAAAAAUAGUGAUUCACCAGUUGCAUUACAAGAGCAAAAGGAAAUUUUUCUUCUUCCUACCCUAAAGGUGUCCAAUUUAUUGUACUCAAAGAUACAUGUACUUUUGAGUGAAAGGGAUGUAUGUACAACUAAUGGCUAUAACCUUGGGAGCCAAGAAACCAUAUCGAGCCAUUCAACAGUUGAUUUUUAUGUUAAUCCUGCCAUUAUAUUCUUUACUAUUACUUUAACUGAUUUUAAUACAAGCUGCAAACCAGUGAAUAGUGGUGAUUGGAUCAAGAAGUUAUUAAAGAAGAAAAGUGCUGUCCAUUAUCUGGAUAUUGAUCUGGAUUUUGGUGGUGGAAAGUAUUUUGCUUCCUUAAGAUUUUCUCGUGGGGACAGAGGCAUAUUAGAGGCUACUAUUUUUACAUCAUAUUCCCUGAAGAAUGAUACUGAUUUUUCCCUUUAUUUAUUUCCACCUAAUAAGAAGCCUCUGUCAAGGGAUGAAGCAGAGAAUUUUGGUUCCAGCAUCUCUCCAGAAUUAGGAUUACUUUUGCGUCCAAAUUCAUUCGGAUCAUGGUUCUUGAAAUCUAACAAGGUGCAGCUCAAAUUGUUAAAAGAUUCUGCAUCAGAGCUAUUGCUAGACUUGGAUGCAUUAUCAGGCCUUACAGAGAUAAGCUUGGAAGUAAAUGAAGGAUCUGGAGUCAAAUCUAUUACAAAGCUCGGGGUGUCCAUGGGGCCACUUUUACGUGAAGUAGAUUUGCCAUCUCAGAUAGUGACUAUGGUCCCACGUUAUGUUGUGCUAAAUGAAUCAGAGGAGAGUAUCAUUGUCCGUCAAUGUUAUUUACAGGAUGACAUGGAAGGCAUCCACAUUAACAGUAAGCAGAAAAUAACACUAAUGCUGCAGAAUGGAAUUAGCAAGGGGAGAGAGUUCAAUAUAUUUGAGAAUUUUAUUAGAAAGCACAGAAAUGCUAAUCAUGACUCAUUAAAAUACAUCCGGUUUCAACUGGAUGAGCCUGAACUCAGUUGGUCAGGACCGGUAUGUAUUGCUUCCUUGGGGUGCUUUUUCGUGAAGUUCAGGAAACAAAAAUCAAAUCAAACAACAGCUGCAGACACACAUAUCACAGAAUUUGCAGCUGUUUGUGUAGUAGAAAAAGGGUCUUCUCUUGUUCUGCACUUCCAAAAACCGCCAGACAGCAGUCUACCAUAUCGGAUUGAAAAUGGCUUGCGGGAUGUAGCUAUAACUUUCUACCAACAGGGGUCAUCAGAGCAAGAGGUUCUAAAAUCUGGGUGUAGUGUGGAUUAUGUUUGGGAUGAUUUGACUCUACCACAUAAACUGGUUGUCCUAAUCAAUGGUAGUCUUCCAUUACGUGAGAUUAACUUGGAUAAGGUGCGUGCGUGGAAGUCUUUUUACAAACCGUGGCAACAUAGAGGAUUGGCAUCUAAUUCUGGAGAUCAGAGAAUUAAUAUUGGUGAAGUUACUGGCAUGGAGAUGGUAAAGGUGGGGUUUGAAGUAUAUGCAGAUGGUCUCACACGGGUUUUACGAAUUUGUGAGAUAUCCAGUAGUAACAAGGGAGAUUCAAUGCUUAAAUCACGUGCAAAGAUUCAACUAAAAGUUUCCCAUUUGGCAAUCCACCUACUAGAAUGUAGAAAACAGGAUGGAGAUGAGAGUGAGACGUCAGUUAAUUCACCAAUCUUAAUUAUGAGGCUUGGGAAAAUCAAUAUGGAUUCUGUAUUUACUGAUCAGCACAAAUAUAACCAGAUCAGUUUACAGUCCUUGAAUUUGGAGGAGAAGUGGGUAGGAGCUCCUUUUGCAGCAAUGCUUCGUAGACAUAUGGUGGACUAUAGUGAGCCAAAUGACUGUGUACUCAAAAUAGUCUUCGUCCUGCUUCCUGCCAGUUCCAAUGUUACACAAGUUAAAUACUCAUCUAUAGCUUUGCAGCCAGUUGAUUUGAACCUUGAUGAGGAGACAUUAAUGAGAAUUGCGCCAUUUUGGAGAACAUCUCUCAGUGAAUCUAAAUCUCAGAGUCGGCAGUUUUACUUUGAUCAUUUUGAGAUCCACCCAAUAAAGAUUUUUGCAAAUUUUCUUCCUGGGGAAUCAUACUCAAGUUAUAGCUCAGCUCAGGAGACUCUAAGGUCUUUACUGCAUAGUGUGGUAAAGGUCCCUUUCAUAAAGAAUAAGGUUGUAGAGCUCAAUGGAGUCCUGGUUACGCAUGCUCUGAUAACAAUGCGUGAAUUAUGUAUUAGAUGUGCGCGACAUUAUUCAUGGUAUGGCAUGAGAGCCAUCUAUAUUGCAAAAGGAAGCCAAUUGCUACCACCAGAUUUUGUGUCUAUGUUUGAUGACUUGGCUUCAUCCUCUCUUGAUAUUUUUUUUGAUCCUUCCCGUGGGUUGAGGAAUCUUCCAGGUUUGACUUUAGGUACGUUUAAAUUCAUAAGUAAAUGUAUAGAUGGGAAAGGAUUCUCUGGGACAAAACGAUACUUUGGUGAUCUUGAAAAAACUUUGAGAAAAGCAGGAUCUAAUGUACUCUUUGCUGCUGUCACUGAAAUAUCUGACUCUGUUCUGAAGGGAGCAGAAGCAAGUGGUUUUAAUGGAAUGGUAAGUGGCUUUCACCAGGGAAUUUUGAAACUGGCUAUGGAGCCAUCCUUGUUGGGAACUGCCUUGAUGGAAGGUGGUCCAGAUCGAAAGAUCAAACUUGAUCACAGCCCUGGGGUGGAUGAGCUAUACAUAGAAGGAUACCUGCAAGCUAUGUUGGAUACCUUGUAUAGGCAAGAAUAUCUUAGAGUCAAAGUCAUUGAGAAUCAGGUUUUCCUGAAAAACCUACCCCCAAAUAGUUCUCUCAUUGAGGAGAUCAUGGAUCAUGUGAAGGCAUUCCUUAUUAGCAAGGCAUUGUUGAAGGGAGAUUCUUCAACAACUUCUCGACCCUUGCAUCAUCUUCAAGGAGAAAGAGGAUGGAAAAUUGGACCAACGGUGUUGACAUUGUGUGAACACCUAUUUGUGAGUUUUGCAAUCCGUGCACUGAGAAAGCAAGCUAAUAAGUAUAUAGCCAACGUCAAGUGGAAGAGAGAGUCAGAUGAUGAUAAUCAAAAAGCAGUUGUCCUUGCAAAGCCCAAAGCAGACAAAUACAGGUUAAAAUUUAUCUGGAAAUGGGGGAUUGGCAAGUUUGUAUUGUCAGGCAUUGUGGCAUAUGUUGAUGGAAGGUUAUGUCGUUGCAUACCUAAUCCAGUAGCACGACGGAUUGUGAGUGGAUUUUUGUUGAGUUUUCUUGACAACAAUAGCAAAGAAUGAUCUAUUUGUGUAUAUCUUUGUACCCUGAAUGUAUAUAUUGAAGCUUUUAUAUGGCUGACACACAAAAGCUGGCUGCACAUACUCUUCCUUUUGCCCAAUAUUAUGUUUUCCCUGGUCUUAUUUUCGUA